AUGCUUCGAUUCUUGCACACUUGUGAGAACCUAAAAACCACCAAGCGAACUGGGUGGGUUGACAAGGAAAUACCCGGUGCUGAAUCCAUUGGCGAUCAUAUGCACAGAAUGUCUAUUAUUGCUAUGCUCAUCAAAGAUCCAACAAUGGAUAAAAACCGACUCAUUAAAAUGGCAAUAGUGCAUGAUCUUGCAGAAGCAGUGGUAGGUGACAUUACUCCAUAUAGUGGAGUAAGCAAGAAAGACAAACAGCAACGGGAGCGUGAUGCCAUGGCGUUGUUUGUAGAAAACCAAGGCAGAUCCUCGGAAAUCUUGGAAAUUCAAGCGUUAUGGGAAGAAUACGAAGCUGGAUCGACAAAAGAGGCUUUACUAUGUAAAGAUAUUGACAAGGCAACGCUAGAGUAUGAAAAGCGGACAGGCAAAAGACUACAGAGUUUCUUUGAUUUCACCAAAGGAAAGUUUAUGCAUCCUGAAAUUCGUGCCAUGGUUGACGAUCUUUACAAGGAGCGUGAAACGGAUCUUGGUUUUAGUUGCUAA